CACUAGUUAAUAAUUUACUUUCUUUAAUGUGGUUAACAUAGUUUAGUUUGCUUUUUGAGAAUUUAAAGUAUUUUUUAGUUUUGAAAAAAAAAAAAGUAUUUUUUUUCUUUCUUUCUUCAUUUUUUUUUUUUUUUUUUUUUUUUUUUUUUUAAGAAAAGUAAUUUCCUGUGGGUGUUCAGGGAUAAUGUCUUUGGUCAAGUUCGGAGACCUACGUACUGGGGAGUUAAAGUAGCUUUUUAAACCAAAUCUGGACGGCAUUUCCUGAAGUUGGAGCGGAUAACCUGGGAUGACUGCAGCCGCCGCCAACACUCUGACCUGUGGACACACGCUUUGCUCAACAAAGAGAAGCUUUCGUGUUAUCUUUCUACUUUUACCGGAUUUGUGGAGUUAGAAGGAAAAGGACGCCACGCCAAGAUGGAGUGGGAAUUAUAAAUGAGUUGUUUGCCAAACAAAGGGCACCUCCUUUGGACCGAAAACCGCCGAGCAAAAGGGGAGAGCCUGUCGAGAAAUGGAAGAGGAAGGAUCGCUUGAGCCAAACAGCACCCGGGCAAAGCUUUCAUUUUUGUCUGGCUUUAAAUCCUCAUAAUAAAGCUUUCUCGGUUUCAGCAACCCGCCCUGUCCCGUUUAUAGUAUAAAGUGGUUCUUUCGUUUGCCAAUGCUGCAGUGUUGUUCUGGUCGUUUGUGUUAAAAUGAAGGUGGGUUGGCGGCAGUUGUUGGUGAUUUUGCUGCUGAGCGGCUGCCGGGGCACCGCGGUGCCGUUUCCCUGCAAAUCUUCCGAUGAACGCCCGAAAAGCGGUGGGAAAAGCCUGCCUUCAGACAAAGUGGUCUGCAGCAACAUGGAGCUCCAUCAGGUGUUACCCCCGGACUCCUUCCCAAACAGAACAGUCACACUGAUUUUAAACAACAACAAGAUUCAAGAACUCCGUAAUGGAUCAUUCUAUGGAUUGUCUGCUCUGGAAAAAUUGGACCUGCGGAGUAAUAUGAUCAGUCAUAUUGAACCAGGUGCUUUUCUGGGCCUGCCAGCACUAAAAAGACUAGACCUGUCCAACAACAGCAUUGGCUGUCUUAAUGGAGACAUCUUUAAGGGCCUUGCCAGUCUGAUUCGGCUGAACCUUUCAGGAAACAUGUUCUCUUCAUUGGCUCAGGGGACCUUUGACAGCUUGCUGUCUCUAAAGGCAUUGGAGUUUCAGACACCUUACCUGCUGUGUGACUGCAACCUUCUGUGGCUGCUGCGUUGGAUCAAAGAAAGAAACAUUGCUGUAAAGAACACAAAAUGCUCUUUCCCGCAGUCUCUCCAGGGUCAGUUCAUAACCUCCAUCAGGCCGGAGCUCCUCACCUGUGAUGCUCCACUUGAGCUGCCCUCCUUCCAGCUGACACCAUCGCACCGCCAGGUUGUCUUUCAGGGGGACAGCCUGCCGUUUCAGUGUCAGGCUUCCCUCAUUUCUGGCGACAUGCAGGUGCUGUGGUACCAGAACGGCCGCAUGGUCAAGCCCGACGCCACUCAGGGCAUUUUCAUUGAAAAGCGUGUUAUACAGAACUGCUCCCUGAUUGCCAGCGCAUUGACCAUCUCAAACAUCCAGCCUGGGUUUACAGGGACCUGGGAGUGUCGGGUCCGGACAAGCAGGGGCAACACCACCAGGACUGUUCACAUUGUGGUGUUGCAGAGUUCUGCCAAGUACUGCAGUCCUGAGCGUGUUUCCAAUAACAAGGGCGAGUUCAGAUGGCCACGCACUCUGGCAGGAAUCAAAGCCUACCUCUCCUGCAACAGACUCCCAUCCAGCGCAGGCACCUAUUCGGGCAGCUCUGGUGAAGAACAGCAGGCGUGGCGCUACUGCAAUCGCGACGGGCUGUGGUCAGAAGACGACUAUUCCAACUGCCAGUUUCAGAAAGAUGUCACACGAUUUCUUUAUGUCAUCAACCAGAUGCCUUUAAAUGAAAGCAACGUGGUGACCAGAGCACGACGCCUGCUGCUCUACACAAUCGAUGCUGCAAACUUCUCUGACAAGAUGGACAUUAUCUUUGUGGCUGAGAUGAUUGAGAAGUUUGGAAAGUUUGUUGAGAAGUUUAAAGAUUUGGGCGAGGUGAUGGUUAGCAUGGCCAGUAACUUAAUGCUAACUGACGAGAGGGUGCUGUGGAUGGCCCAGCGUGAAGCCAUGGCCUGCACCCGUAUCAUUGCCUGCCUCCAGAAGAUCGCUGUCUACCGCCUGGCGACAGCACAGGCCUUCUCCCUGACAUCCCCAAACAUUGCACUAGAGGCCCACGUUGUCAGGGCCAGUGACUGGAACGGCAUGACCUGCAUGUUAUUUCAGAGGCCAAGCCCCGAGCGGACACCCGGUCAAGACCGUCAGCUAACGUUCAAAUGCAACACCACCAGCUCUUUCUACAGCAUCCUUCACAAGAACAUCAUAGUGGAGGCUUCCCUGCAACUUCCCCAGCCUCUUUUUACCCAGGCUGUUGUACCCGGACAAGCUGAGGAUGCAGUGUACAAGCUCCACCUGCUGGGCUUCAAAAAUGGCAAGUUUUUCCCCUCCACCGGCAACACCUCCCUGCUGGCUGAUGGAGGAAAGAAAAGGAGCGUAGCCACCCCUGUUAUUAUGGCUAAGAUUGAUGGCAUGUCUCUGCGUGUCCUGAGGACCCCCAUUAACAUCACACUGCGACGGUUUGUCCGCGGCUCAGACGCCGUAUCCGCCUGUUGGAAUUUCAGCCUGGCAGGAGGUCAUGGAGGUUGGAAGAGCGAUGGCUGCCGCAUCCUGGAACAUCAGGACAACUUCACCACCAUUUCGUGCAACUCUCUGGGCAAUUAUGGUCUGCUUAUGGACCUCAGCAGUGUGGAGUUUUUCUCUCCAAGCAUCCAGCCCCUGCAUCCAGUCAUCUAUGCAACAGCUACCAUUCUGCUCCUCUGCCUGUUCACUGUUAUUAUUAGCUACAUCUACCAUCACAGGUCUGUCCGCGUGAGCCGCAAGUUUUGGCACAUGUUGGUCAACCUCAGCUUCCACAUCUCCCUCACCUGCGGCGUUUUUGUAGGUGGCAUCAAUCAGACGCGAUACGCAAGCGUUUGCCAAGCAGUGGGCAUUUUGUUGCACUAUUCUACUCUGGCGACUGCCUUGUGGGUGGGUGUGACUGCACGCAACAUUUACAAACAGGUGACACGCAAGGCCAAACGCUACGAGGAGCUGGACGAGCCACCUCCACCACCGCGGCCGAUGCUCAGGUUCUACUUGAUCGGCGGAGGGAUACCCAUCAUUGUCUGUGGGAUCACUGCAGCAGCCAACAUCAAAAACUACGGCAGCCAGAUAAAUGCACCAUAUUGCUGGAUGGCAUGGGAGCCGAGUAUCGGAGCAUUUUAUGGCCCGGCAGGAUUUAUCGUCUUUGUGGACUGCAUGUACUUCCUCAGCAUUCUGCUCCAGUUACGCCGUCACCCUGAACGGCGUUACGAGCUAAAGGAGCCGACCGAAGACCAGCAGCAUCUCUCAGCCAGCAGCGAGGCAGGGCCAGAUGGUCCCAGCAGCCACUGCCAACCGCUCUCUGUGCAGGUUCAACCGCAUGAGGCAUCCUCCUCCAUAGUGUCUGCCCCCCAUGCUGUGCCCCUGUCAGCCCUGGAGAAUGAGCACACUUUUGCUGCCCAGCUUAUGGGGGCAGCAGGGACUUUAGGGCUGUACGCGGCCCUCUGGGUGUUUGGCGCCUUGGCUGUAUCCCGGGACCACCCGUAUGACUUGGCUUUUACCUGCCUGUUUGGGGUUGCUGCUCUUGUGCUCGGGGCGUUUAUGGUGGCGCAUCACUGUGUCAACAGAGAAGAUAUGAGGCGCUACUGGUCACAGGCUUGUUGCUCUGGAAGGCGAGCAUACACCGCGCAGGAGGAUGUCCUUCUGCCUCAGCCAGGCAUGGUAAUGACAUCCACAGCAGGAUCUGAUAACAAAGCAGAUGGGGAGUCAAUAAAGUUUGGCCACAGCAGCGCAGACUCGUCAUACACGAACAGGAGCGCUCCAAGCAUGCGCAAUUCCACCCAUGGCAGCAAGCUGACUAAUCUGCACGCAGAGGCAGCUCAGUGCAAGUCCACCUCUGUGCCAGUGACGGCCACUGGUACGGCCAUUUUGGACAACAGCCUGACUGAGCACUCACUAGACAAUGAAAUUAAAAUGCACGUGUCGCCGGUCGAGGUGCAGUUCCACCCCAUGAACAACAUCGGCAAUCCGACCGCCGUCACAAACGGGCAUGCAAGUAGGCAUCAGAAAAACAGAACACGAGCACACAGGGCGAGCCGACUAACUGUACUGCGAGAGUACGCCUACGAUGUGCCCACUAGUGUGGAGGGCAGCGUGCAAAGCGCCCCCAACAGGAGACACCAUCAUUAUGACAUGGCUGCCCGCAACAGCCGGCGGGCUGCUUACAUGGCCUACAGGGAGCGCCAUCAGAGCCAGCUGCAGCAGGACAGUAGUGACAGCGCCAGCCUGCCACGCCGUUCCCGCUACGCUCAUAAAGGAAGCGGGAAUAUUCUGGGGAAUGGGAAGGUGGUGACCGUAGAGACGGAGCAAGUGACUGCUGCUGGAGAGUCCAGCUCCAGUAAAGACUGUGGCCCUGUAAGACAGCCCGGCAGCACAGAACUUGAAAGCCAAAAUAAGUCAUAUGGGCUCAACCUUGUCACGCAGAAUGGUGGCACACUGAAAGAAAAUGGACAAACUGUGCCUUUAAUUAACAGCGAGAGUGCAGCCAGUAUAAAAACCGGAUUGUGGAAACAUGAAACUACUGUGUAGCAACAUUUUCCAUCCCAGAGACUGCAAAACCCACAUGCCUUUAAACUGUGAAAUAAAAAAACAAGAAAACAAAAUUUGAAAUUGAAAAUUAGCCACAAUACUGUCACUGAGCUGUUCUUGUAGAUAUGUUUUUUUUGGUAAAUGUUCUAUUUUUAUAACACAUUUAUUACAUUUGAGAAUUCUGUAUGUAAAACUGCAUGGUCUGAGUUGUGGCACUGUGGGGAUUUUUACCCAUUUUCUAGGUGAUCCUUGGAACAAUAAAACAAAAAGUUAACCAA